CAGCUCUCAGAGUCCGCCCGUCCCACUGCUGCCUCACUCAGGUAGGGCCUCAGAGCGAAGAUGGCGACGGACAAACAGAAACAUGAAGGCAGGGUGAAAAUCGGACAUUAUAUUCUCGGAGACACGCUAGGAGUGGGGACGUUUGGAAAAGUCAAAGUUGGCCAGCAUGAGCUGACCAAGCACCAGGUGGCGGUUAAGAUUCUGAACCGGCAGAAGAUUCGCAGUCUGGAUGUGGUGGGGAAGAUUCGGCGUGAGAUCCAGAACCUCAAACUCUUCCGUCACCCACAUAUAAUCAAACUCUAUCAAGUGAUCAGUACACCAACAGAUAUCUUCAUGGUGAUGGAAUAUGUGUCAGGAGGAGAACUCUUUGACUACAUCUGUAAAAAUGGAAAGUUGGAUGAGAAGGAGAGCAGACGUUUAUUCCAGCAGAUCAUUUCGGGGGUGGAUUACUGCCACAGACACAUGGUGGUGCACAGAGACCUCAAGCCUGAGAACGUCCUGCUGGAUGCGCACAUGAAUGCCAAGAUUGCAGAUUUUGGCUUGUCAAAUAUGAUGUCAGAUGGAGAGUUCUUAAGGACGAGUUGCGGCUCUCCUAAUUAUGCUGCCCCUGAAGUAAUCUCUGGACGGUUGUAUGCAGGGCCUGAGGUGGACAUCUGGAGCAGUGGAGUGAUUUUGUACGCUCUGUUAUGCGGAACGCUCCCGUUUGACGAUGACCAUGUUCCAACACUGUUCAAGAAGAUCUGCGAUGGCAUCUUCUUUACACCUCAGUACCUGAACUCCUCCGUUAUCAGCCUUUUGAAACACAUGCUCCAGGUGGACCCCAUGAAGAGAGCCACCAUUAAAGAGAUUAGGGAGGAUGAGUGGUUUAAGCAAGAUCUCCCCAAAUAUCUGUUCCCUGAGGAUGCUGCAUACAGCAACAACAUGACUGACGAGGAGGCGUUGAAGGAGGUGUGUGAGAAGUUUGAAUGCACCGAGGAGGAGGUGCUCAACUGUCUGUACAGUCGCAAUCACCAGGAUCCUCUUGCUGUUGCCUAUCACUUGAUCAUUGACAACCGGCGCAUUAUGAGCGAGGCCAAAGACUUCUAUUUGGCCUCCAGUCCUCCAGACAGCUUCCUGGACGAUCUGCCCGCGCACCAUGCCACUAAGAUUCACCCUGAGAGAGUGCCCUUCCUGGUGGCGGAGACACAGCCACGCCCCCGACACACACUAGAUGAGCUGAACCCCCAAAAGUCAAAGCAUCUUGGUGUCCGGCGGGCCAAAUGGCACCUGGGGAUCCGCAGUCAGAGCAGACCAAAUGAUAUCAUGAGUGAGGUCUGUCGCGCCAUGAAGCAGUUGGACUACGUGUGGAAGGUGGUGAACCCCUAUUAUUUGCGGGUACGGAGGAAGAACCCAGUUACUGGCAUGAACACAAAGAUGAGCCUCCAGCUCUACCAGGUGGACAGCAGGACCUACUUACUAGACUUCAGGAGCAUAGACGAUGACAUGAUGGAAGUAAAAUCAGGGACCGCCACUCCUCACCGCUCUGGCUCAGUUGGUAACUACCGGACUACGCUAAAGAAUGACAGGAUUGAGAAAAAUGAAUGUGAGGAUGCAGUAAAGGGGGAUGCGUCCGCACCUUCCACGCCUCCGAUAGCCGGUGGGAAACUAGCAGAAGGCUCGCUGGCUUCUUCUCUUACCUCCUCAGUGGAUUCCACUGGGGGAGAGAUUCUCCCUAGGCCAGGAAGUCACACCAUAGAGUUCUUUGAGAUGUGCGCCAACCUCAUCAAGAUGCUUGCACGAUAACUUUUGUUUCCUUUGAUGCCUUCUGCUCUCUCUUUCACUCUCCUCUGUCUCCCCUCUCACUAUCUGGCUUUUCUCUCUUCUAGAAUGCUGUCUACCUCUUUGUCUUACGAUAUCUGUGUCUUCAUCCACGGCAGUCCUUCUCUCUCUCUAUUUUUGUCUCUCUUUUUCUCUCUCGGUGUCAUUAGAGCAAUAAGCAUGCAGACUCAAGACUCCAUGCAUCCCACUUGCAUGAACAAGCUGAAUGGUCUGUGGCACUACAGUUGCCAGUGUCAGCCUGUUUAAGGAGUCAAAUUGGGAGUAAAAGAUUGAAGAUUGGUGCGAGAGGGAAAAGGAUUGAGGGUUUUUUGUGCCACAGUCAAAAAGAUGUCAGAAAGAUUGCUAAGCCACUUUAUAGUAUCAAAACUCUUUAAGAGAUGGUUUUACAAUUCUUUUCUGUGGUUUUAUAGCAAGGAUUUUCUUCACAGAGAGGGAGGUAUAGAGGUGUCUGUGCAUUAAAAUGUCCGAUUGAUACACUGAGCUAGUUGUACUGUACACAAUGAUGUUGUGAUUCUUGGUAGACCAAGAAAGAGCAAUUUUGAGGCAUGUGUGACAUUGAAUGAGACUGAACGCACUUUUGCACAGUUUUACCUGUUAGUUUCUGUGGUCUAGUCUCAUGACUGGCAAUCCCAUUAAAGCGGCCAACUGGGAAGGACACUUGAAUAGGAGGAGCCAGCUUAUAAAGUGGGUCACUAAUGGGAGGGGCUGACUUUACAUGGUGGGCACUUUACAAUUAAGGGACAACUUAAUGAGUCAGCUUUUCUUUAAGAGGCCAAUGUAAGAUACCCAUUUAUUCUGAGGAAGUGCAAUGCCCUUGCCUCUGUUUCGUAGAUUAGAAGAAAAAAAAAAAACGUGUUUUUUCAAAUAGGUCUUUGUCAUGUCACAACUUAAGUCAAUUUUUCUUUUGUUUCCAUUUGCUCAUGUUACGUAAAUAUAUAAGGAUAUACAGAAUUUAAAAAUGCAUUUGGAUUUAUAUUUAUCAGUGCUUUAUAUGGGGUUGUAGAUUAUAUUGAAAUUGUGAUAAUGGACUGGAUAUUUUUUUUUUUUAAGAAAUGUUUGAUAAUAUUGCUGUAAGAUUGUUUUAUUCCAUACACUGCUUUAUCAAAACAACCUUUUUUUUUUUUUACUAUUAUUUUAGAUGUUUUACAAAACAGUGGUUGCUUAAGUUCGGCAUGAUGAAAAAAUCAACUGUUCCACAUUCCCUUCUCUCUUUACCAAAUUGAAUUUCUAUAGUCAGGCAGGGCCAGUAUUAGAACCUCUGUAAGGCUUUGCUCAGGAUCUCUUCAAAAUAUAACCUGCAGGAAAUGAAAAGUGCAUUUAUGGACACUUUGAAAAACCAUUCGAAUAGGAAAGCACAUUCCACAUGCAUGUGACUUCAUGUGCCCUCAUAUGCGGCUGCACAAGCUAUGUGUAAUGCACAAAGUACUUAAACCCAUGUCCAAAAAGUAAUGAACAACAGUACUGCAAAUUAUUAAUUAUUAAAUUAUGUUUUGGCAUAGUGAUGGAAAUAAGCAACUUCAUCAGAGUAGUUGUCAGGGCUUUCAACUUGUUUCACAGAAAAGGAUAACCCAGUGUUUCCAACGAAGACAUGGUGAAACGAUAUUAUCUGCAUUUAUUUCCCAUUAAGUAAAUGCACAAGUCUUUUCUACACUAGGAAUGAAAGAAAUCAAUUUAAAGUUGUUUGCUUUACCCCUGAAUACCUAAGAGCUCCACCUCUAUUCAAACUAAAAGUCCCCAAACACAAGUCUCUAUAAAUGGCUGGAAAACCUGGAAUAAAUUAGUUUUUAAAUCAUAAAUUAAUACUUUCUGUGUAUGGCACAGCCCAUUUACUUUUUCCUUCAUGUAACAUUUAAGCAAACAAAAUGUCUUAAUGCACAUUCUUAAAGCAAAACAAACAGCAAUAGCAUACUCUCAAAAAGAAGGGGGGAAAAAAGAUUUCAAGCCAAUAAUUGAUUUGAUUUAUUGAUGUCUUGAGUAUGUCUAGUUUCCUAGGGAAAACCAGAUUAGGCUUAGUCUCUUAUUUGUUCUAAACUGCACUAUCAUUUCAGAUUCUUCUUUAUCAAGACUUUUAAGCUAAAACUUGACAAUCGAUGCCUCGUACGCCAGCUCUAAGACAAAUCCCAAGACAUUUGGUUCUGCUUUGUCCCCUUUACAAUUGUUUUACCAUUUCCUCAUUAGUCUCAUCCAAAUGAUAACUCUCCUUAUCUCAAGGGAAUGUGGCUCUUACAAUAAAUUUAAAUUAAAAAUAAAAUAAAACCAUAUACAGCAAACAACAGAAUUGUAUCGCAGUUAAUGGUUCAGCAAGAAAUCCAUUAAUGCUGAUUAAACUGUCUUUAAUCCAUGUUUGUGCAAACAGCAGGCCACACUCUGUAGUAGCACAUUUUAGUGUCUACACAAGUUGUUUACUCGGGCAUGAAAAACAAAGAGUUUAGAAAAUAUAUUGAUGUAUUUGUCUUAACUGCUUCAAAAAAUAUGAAUUUGUUCAUUAUCUGUGCAGAAUGGACCUCAUGGAGGAUUGCCAAUGUAAAUUUACAUAUAAUUACCUUUAAUUUACCAUUAAAAGAUGAUUUGUAAAUACAACUGCCUAAUAAACUGCUGCAUAAAGACUGA